AUGAUCAGCAGAAAGUACUGUUGGGUUAUUAGGAGGUACAACGGCAGUCACACUUGUACCAGAGCAACCAUUUCUCAGGAUCUUUCGAAGCUGGAUUCAAAUACAAUUGCAAAAGCCAUAAAGCCGUUGGUUGAGGCUGACCCCUCUUUAAAGGUAAAAUCAGUUAUUGCAGAAGUGCAGUCGAAGUUCAACUACACCGUCAGUUAUCGAAAAGCAUGGUUGGCUAAGAAAAAAUCAGUUGAGAAAAUAUUUGGAGGUUGGGAAGCGUCCUACGAAGCGUUGUCUAUAUGGUUUGAGGCCAUGUGUCAUAAGGAGCCAUCAGCUGUCGUGCAUUUUGAGACUAUGCCUGCAUAUCAAGGGGAUGACUUGGUAAGUGAUAUCCGGGUAUUGCAUCGAGUAUUUUGGAGCUAUUACCCCUGCAUUAGAGCAUUCAGACAUUGUAAGCCAGUUAUCCAAGUGGAUAGGACUCACUUAUACGGAAAGUAUAAGGGUUGCUUGUUAGUGGCCGUUUCGCAGGAUGGUAACAACAAUAUCGUCCCGAUUGCAUUUGCUAUUGUCGAGGGAGAGACUUCUGAUGCGUGGCACUUUUUUCUUAGUAACCUGCGUCAACAUGUUGUGACUCGGGAUGGUGUGGGGCUUAUAUCGCACCGACAUGAGUCCAUAAAUGCAGCUGUGGAACGCAGUCACGGAGCUUGGUCACCACCUAGAGCUUUCCACAUAUUUUGCAUCAAGCAUAUUGAGUCGAACUUUCUGAGGAAAUUCAAGGCCCCGUACCUGCAAAAGCUUGUCGUCAAUAUAGGAUAUUCGAGGACGGUUCGCGAGUAUGAAUUGCGUUACCAGCGUUUACGAGAGCGGGGCGAGGCGUACACUAACUGGUUAAACCGUAUUCCCCGUGAACAGUAUGCAUUGGCAUUCGACGGUGGUUACCAAUGGGGUCACAUGACGACUAAUCUAGUGGAAUGCAUCAACUCAGUCUUGAAGGGUGCACGCAAUCUCCCCAUCACUGCACUUGUGAAAGCAACAUUCUACAAACUUAAUGAGUUGUUCACACGGAAAAGAGCUGAGGCAGAGGCUCGGAUUAAUGCUGGCCAUGUUAAUUGCUUCGACAGGAAGAAUGAGGUCUUUGAAGUGCGUGAGAUGCCAAGUAGAGUGGAGUAUGCUGUUGACCUCCGUCGUCAAAGAUGUGACUGUGGUGAGUUCCAGGUGGACCGGAUUCCUUACCGGCAUGUGUUUGUAUGUUGUGCAAAUCAACGACUAGAUUGGCAGGUGUAUGUGCAUGAUGUUCAUAAGAUGGACCAAAUUAGACACGUUUAUCGGGCUAGGUUUAGGCCACUAGGUAAUCCUACUACAUGGCCUUCUUACAAUGGUCCUCGAUUCGUACCGAAACCGUACCUGCGACGCGUUGCCAAAGGUCGGCCCAGGAUGACACGCUUCUUGAAUGAGAUGGACACACGAAUGUUACGUCGUCCGAAGCGAUGUAGGCAAUGUGGGGCUGAAGGUCACAGUCGUAGUAGAUGCCGUCAGGGAGGUGGUCCAGGUACUGACCAUAAUGCGUAG